CAUUGCCCAGGGAACCGAUCAGUUGCUCGUUCGCGAUCCGUACCGCAAGUUGGCAUCGGAAACCCGACCGGUUUAGCCCAAGUCCAAAGUCCUCUUGUGGCCAUCUUUCGCCCAUCUCGACACCAUGACUUACGCGAUCAUUUCGGCCCAAGUUCGUUUGCUCGUUUUGGCGCACUGAAUUACCCCCCCGAGGAGUAGUCAACCGGUUGGCCGCCCAAGGCUUCCGAGUGGUGAGCACCACGGGUGUGGGCCAGACCUUUGUUGUGACCCUCUUCAAGGAGUAACGUUAGAACUCCAUCCAGUUCCCCGUGAGAUACUACUCAUUGGUGUUGUAGUGGAAGUCUAGAGCCGAGUGGUCGAGUUUAAUCUUUGUUUUUGCCGCUGCUGUUGCGACUGGCUAGGCCUCCUCACACCAUGGCCAAAGUUCAUGUAUACAAUGUGCUAGUUUUGGACAACCCGUCCACGUUCAAGUCGAAAUUCGAGUUCGAGAUCACAUUCGAGUGCUUGGAAGAUCUGCCCGAAGAUUUGGAAUGGAAGAUCGUGUACGUGGGUUCGGCCGAGUCGGAAGAAUACGAUCAGGUCCUUGACACAGUCUAUGUGGGUCCAGUCCCUGAGGGGCGAAACAAGUUCGUGUUCACGGCCGAUCCCCCAGAUCCGGAAAAAAUCCCCCCCAAUGACGUCGUGGGUGUGACGGUCAUCCUCCUUACGUGUGCAUAUCGCAAUCAGGAGUUCAUCCGAGUCGGAUAUUACGUCAGCAAUGAGUACUCUGACCCCGAGUUGGCCGAGAAUCCGCCUGCGGUGCCCGAUCUGAAUAAGUUGAACCGCAACAUCCUCGCCUCGAAUCCUCGUGUCACCAAGUUCAAGAUCAAUUGGGAGAGCAGCGAUGCACCGCGAAACCCGCUCAUUGAUGAUGAGAAUAUCCCUCCGAUCCCCAACGAUAUUCCGCACAAAAAUCCCGACCCUCGGUUAGAAUCACCCAUGAAAACUGGGUUGAGGCCCACCGAGCGUAAAAUUAGUCAACCCGACGACAAUAGCCGUGAUAGUAACGGUAUGGACUUGGACAUGAUCUAAUCGCUCAGAAUGGACCCCAAGCCACCCCCUUCUUCUGCCGAGGAGCCCGUGCCGGACAAGCCGCUAGAUUCGGAUUGUUGUGGGCAAGGCUGCCAACCCUGUGUAUUUGAUAUUUAUGAACAGAACUUGAGGAUCUGGCAAACUCGCCAGAUCCAAGGUGGAAAUAGUGAACUCGCGACUCGGAUGAGCUCCGAUAAUUUCACAUCCUGCUCUCUUGUGUCCAUUGAUGCCCUGACCGACUCGACUUUUUUAUACACGUUCUCACUUCCCCCGGGCCAAUAUUUGCGCUCGAAUCCUGGUCAACAUUUGAUUUUGAACGCUCUCAGCCAUGAUAAACAUUCAGUCUCUCGUCAAUACUCUAUCUAUCAUGUAAAGGAUGACUGCACUGCCUUCUCGGUGAUCAUCAAAUUGUAUUCAGAAGGAGUUGUAUCCCGGAUCAUAUCUCAAUGGUCUUUCGGAAUCCAAUGUCGGUGGCGAGGACCCAUGGGGGAUUUCGUGCACACGCCCCUCAAAUUCUCCAAACUCUUCCUACUUGGCAUGGGAACGGGAAUAGUUCCUCUCCUAUCUGUAAUUCGAUCCAUCUUGAACGACGAAAUGGACGAGACAUUUUUGCAUUUA